AUGCUCGGCCCGUCCAGCCCGCCCCUGACACUGCUGUCGAGCAUGAGCGAUGGCGUUCAGGAUUUGUUUCCAGACUUGGUCGGCGAUGAUCUAGCCUUCGAUUGGGGUACGAUACUUAAUACGCCGCAACCAUCACGCAUACCUACAGAGGAGAAGACCGACCGGGAGGCCCGCAAACUUCUUGAGAAGUGUCUGAAAGAAUUGAUCGGCUCUAAAAGUCCAGAGUACGUUUCAGAGGCUACGUUGGAAUUGGAGAGCGUUGCCGUUCAAAGUUAUGGAGAACAGGUUAUGCGGCAUAUGGUGCAAUUGUACAGCAAUUCUGCCUCCGAUCCGUCAUUCCACCUGCUCCGAUACGCGGUGUACCUCUCUUCGAACAACCUGCUCUCCAAUAAUAAUACAGACAUGCUGCUCAAAUGGGUCAUCAAAAACAACAUGCUAUGGGUUCUGGAGCGCAUGAUGGACGCAAAAUUGCCGACGACCGAGGUUUUUGCAGCCAACAUUUUUGUGAGCGCGGCAAGGUUGGGUCAUCCUGGCGCGGUCCGCGCUCUGCUCGCAAAGGACGUCGAUCCCAAUACCAUUGUUGGGUCUUCUUCGACGCGCCCUGCUCUCCAAGAGGCCACCAUGCACGGAAACAUGGAGGUUGUUGAGCUCUUGCUUGACGCAGGAGCAGACCCAAACGCCUUGGAAGGUGGUCCUUUUCGAAAGACGGCACUCGAAAUCGCCAUUAGCCUGCCCGUGCCCAAUAGUGCCUUGGUCAAAUUGUUGAUAUCUCGAGGUGCGGUCCUGCGUCCUGAAGCUGCAAGGUACCAAGGAACGGUUCUGCAAAACGCUGUGCAGCUGGGCGAUACGGACCUUGUUUGUACGUUGCUACGGGCCGGCGCGCGCGUUGCCGAUACGACAUUACGCUGGGGCACGGCACUGCAAAUUGCUGCCCGAUGCGGCACGGUGGACAUCGUUGAAGCGUUGCUGGAAGCAGGAGCCGACGUCGACAGUCCGCUUGGGGAAGACUGCGAAGACGGAGCCGACGUGAUGGCAUGGCCUCUGUUUUUCCUGACACCACUUCAAGUUGCAACAAUAAAAGACCACACAGAAGUCGUGCAAAUUCUGUUGGACGCAGGUGCUGGCGUCAACUACUUUCCGGCGGCCAAGUACUCCGACUUCACAUCGUUUUGCUUCAAAGGCAGAUAUGAUCACUGUGAAUCCGACUUUGAAUCCGACCGUGGAUCCGACGGUGGAUCCGACUGUGGAUCAGACGGUGAACCAGACCGGGAGCCAGACUGUGAGCCAGACUGUGAACCAGGCUCUGCAACCGACGACGAAUCAGACGUUGUAUCAGUCUGUGAGUCAAACACGUUCCGUCCCAACGGCAGACGGGGUGGCAUGCAAUCAGACUUGGAUUUUGCCACAGGUCGGUGUUUCCUGACACCGCUACAAGCAGCUGUUUCAAACAACAACAUGAUUCUGGUUCGCUUGUUCCUCAGCCACGGUGCCGAAGUUGACACCAUCGGAGGUCGAGGCACAGCAUUGCAAAUUGCAGCAUCAGAGCCGGGUCGCUUCAAGCUGGUGCAGCUGCUGCUACGAAAGGGGGCGGAUGUGAAUAGUCCAGCGACCGUACCGGGGGGCCGGACGGCUCUCCAGGCAGCAGCGGGGUCUGGGGACGAGCAAACCGUCGAGCUCUUGCUUCAGAUGGGUGCUAACGUGAAUGCUCCGGCGUAUCGCCGUGGUGGAUGCACUGCCGUCCAGGCCGCUGCGCGGUCGGGGCAUCUCGCGAUGGUCAAAUUGCUCGUCGCCGCUGGCGCAGAUGUGCAUGCAGCUGCUGCGCAUGUGUCGGGUCGAACGUGUUUGCAAAGUGCAGCAAGGAAAGGAGACAUGGGCAUUGUCGACUAUUUGCUGCAACUUGGUGUCAAUAUCAACGAGCCAGCAUGUCCGAUCAACGGGCGCACCGCGCUGCUGUUUGCCAUUGAGAAUCACCACAAGUCUCUUGCCGAGAGGCUCCUUGAGAAAGGCGCAGACCCCAAUGGUCGGCCAAGCGGACGAUGCGGCGUCACACCUCUGCAAGCUGCAGUCAAGAACAAAUGGUACGACUUCGCUCAGCUGCUGCUGCGCCAAGGGGUCAACCCAAACAGAAAUCUCUCUUCGUCGACGCCUUUGGGGAUCGCCCUCCACCGCAACGCAGUCGAAAUGGUGCGCCACCUUAUCGAUGCUGGCGCUGAUGCGAACGAGCGCUGUGCAGACCUCGACAGCUUUCCCUCGAGUCCCCUUGAAAUAGCGGUAGCAAACGGGAGCAUUGACAUAGUUCGCAACCUGCUGGACGCGGGCGCGAGAAUUGACGGCAUGUGUGGCAUCAUACCUCUCCACGCGGCCGUCGAACGAAACAGUCUCGAGAUAGUAACGAUGCUGCUCUUGAAGGGAGUGAGCCCCAAUCCACGCCCAGACCACGAUCGAAAGUCGGUAUUGCUGAAAGCGAUAUGCAGGUCGCCGAUCAACGAGGAUAUGGUCCGCCUCCUCGUUGAUUCUGGCGCUCGCUUGGACGCGGACAACGGCGUUUCUCUCUGCUACGCCGCGAAAAAGGGGUCUCUGCAGGCUGUCGAAAUCCUCCUGCAAGCCGGUGCAGAUGUCAAUGCCCGUCCCUGGGGCCCCCACCGACGCACGGCACUCCAGGAGGCGGUAAUCUAUGGAAACUUUGACAUUGCGGCGACUCUUCUCGACAGGGGUGCUGACGUCGAUGCCCCUCUCAGCACAGAGUUGGGUGGGACCCUGCUGCAGAGGGCUGCGGCUUCCGGCAGCGUCCGCAUGGUGCAGUUGCUUCUCGCACACGGCGCAGACGUCAACGCACCACAAGCUAUAUUAAGUGGAGCAACCGCGUUGCAAGCGGCGGUCAUUCGGGGGCAUUUUCGAAUUGUAUUUAUGCUGCUCAACAGCGGAGCGGACAUCAAUGCCCCAGGAGCAGUGCAAUGGGGUCGGACGGCGCUUGAAGUCGUCGCAGAGCAUGGGAGGAUGGACAUUAUGCAUCUGCUGCUUCAGAAGUACGGCGAUGUGGACGACAUGGAGGCACAGUGCAGGAGGGCAGCCACGCUGGCGUCCUCCGAAGGGCAUGUUGUUAUAGCCAGGAUGCUGCGAGAAUGGAAAAGGCCUGCCUGGUAG